GUCGAAGGUAAAUACCAGGGCGGUGGGCUUGGGGCCCCGGCAGUGGUCGGGGACACGGGCUAACGAGGCAGGGGAAGGGAAGACGCCCCGCCGCCCGAGUUUCCCCCUUUCUCGGGUGAGGAUGGUUUUGACACAACCCGGAGUUCCGUAGGGGUAAGGUGCGCUCCGCGGAAGCAAGGCGCCGCGCCCCCGGCGCUGCCCAGCAUGGACGUCAGCUGGCCGAACACCGGCCCCGGGACUCUCAGUGAAUUUCCCUCCUGCGGCCUCACCACAGACGCCCCAGUUCCCCUUUCUCUGAGUUAAUAUUUUGGCAUUCACGUCACCAUGAGUUCAGGCUUAUGGAGCCAAGAAAAAGUUCCUUCGGCCUACUGGGAAGAGCGGAUUUUUUACUUGCUCCUCCAGGAGUGCAGCGUGACCGACAAGCAGACCCAGAAGCUCCUCAAGGUGCCCAAGGGGAGCAUAGGGCAGUACCUGCAGGACCGGGCCGUGGGCCACGCGCGGGGCCCGGCCAAGAGCAAGAAGAGUCAGAUCGGCCUGAAGAUCCUGGAGCAGCCGCACGCGGUUCUCUUCGUUGACGAGAAGGACGUGGUGGAAAUCAACGAAAAGUUCACGGAGCUGCUUUUGGCCAUCACCAAUUGCGAAGAGAGGCUGAGCCUGUUUAAGAACCGAAGCAGACUGAGUAAAGGCCUCCAGGUGGACGUGGGCUGCCACGUGAAGGUGCAGCUGAGGCCCGGGGAGGAGAAGUUCCGGGGGGUCGUGCGCUUCCGCGGGCCCCUGCUAGCCGAGCGGACGGUGUCCGGCAUAUUCUUUGGAGUAGAACUGCUGGAAGAAGGCCGUUGCCAAGGUUUCACUGACGGGGUGUACCAAGGAAAGCAGCUUUUUCAGUGCGAUGAAGACUGCGGAGUGUUUGUGGCUCUGGACAAGCUAGAGGUCCUGGGAGACGAGGACAAUGGCCUGGAGAGUGACUAUGCGGGCCCCGGGGACGCGGGGCAGGCGGAGCUGCCCCCGCUGGAGAUCAACUCCAGGGUUUCUCUGAAGGUCGGAGAAACGGUGGAGUCAGGAACGGUGAUAUUCUGUGACGUUCUGCCGGGGAAGGAGAGCUUAGGCUAUUUUGUUGGUGUGGACAUGGACAACCCUAUCGGCAACUGGGACGGCCGAUUUGACGGCGUGCAGCUGUGCAGCUUUGCAAGCGUGGAAAGCACGAUUCUCCUGCACAUCAACGACAUCAUUCCAGAGAGCGUGACACAGGACAGGAGGCCUCCCAAACUCGCCUUCACGUCAAGAGGUGUUGGGGACAAAGGUCCGUCCGGCCACAGUAAACCAAAGGUUACAGGAUCUACCUCGGACCCUGGGAGCAGGAACCGAUCUGAAUUAUUUUACACCUUAAAUGGGUCUUCCGUUGACUCGCAGCCGCAGCCGAAGUCCAAGAACACGUGGUACAUCGACGAAGUUGCCGAAGACCCUGCAAAGUCGCUCACGGAGCUGUCUCCGGAUUUCGGGCAAGCCUCGCCGCCCCAGCAGCCCCCGUCCGCGAGCUCGCUGUCCAGCGAGAACAGGUUCCACUCGCUGCCAUUCAGCCUGACGAAGACGCCCAGCGCCAACGGGAGCAUCGGCCACAGCCCGCUCUCCCUGUCCGUGCAGUCCGUGAUGGGGGAGCUGAACAACGCCCCCGCGCAGGACAGCCCCCCGCUGGCCGUGUCUCCGGGGACCUCGCAUGGCCUGGAGGUGGGCUCGCUGGCCGAAGUCAAGGAGAACCCGCCGUUCUACGGGGUGAUCCGCUGGAUCGGGCAGCCGCCGGGCCUCAACGAGGUGCUGGCCGGGCUGGAACUGGAGGACGAGUGCCCGGGCUGCACGGACGGGACCUUCAAGGGCACCCGCUACUUCAGCUGCGCCAUGAAGAAGGCGCUCUUCGUCAAGCUGAAGUGCUGCCGGCCCGACUCCAGGUUCGCCUCCCUGCAGCCGGUGUCCAACCAGAUCGAGCGCUGCAACUCCCUAGCCUUCGGAGGCUACUUAAGUGAAGUAGUGGAAGAAAAUACUCCACCCAAAAUGGAGAAGGAAGGUUUGGAGAUAAUGAUCGGAAAGAAGAAAGGUAUCCAGGGGCAUUACAAUUCCUGUUACUUAGACUCGACCUUAUUCUGCCUGUUUGCCUUUAGCUCUGUCCUGGACACGGUGCUGCUGCGGCCCAAGGAGAAGAACGACGUGGAGUAUUACAGCGAGACCCAGGAGCUGCUGCGCACGGAGAUCGUGAACCCGCUGAGGAUAUACGGAUACGUGUGCGCGACAAAGAUUAUGAAACUGAGGAAAAUACUUGAAAAAGUGGAGGCUGCAUCAGGAUUCACGUCGGAGGAGAAAGAUCCUGAGGAAUUCUUGAAUAUCUUGUUUCAUCAAAUUUUACGGGUAGAACCAUUGUUAAAAAUAAGGUCGGCAGGGCAAAAAGUACAAGACUGUUACUUCUAUCAAAUUUUUAUUGGAAAAAAUGACAAAGUUGGAGUUCCUACAAUGCAACAGUUGUUGGAAUGGUCUUUUAUCAGUAGUAACCUGAAGUUUGCAGAGGCCCCAUCAUGCCUGAUUAUUCAGAUGCCUCGGUUUGGAAAAGACUUUAAACUAUUUAAAAAAAUUUUUCCUUCCCUGGAAUUAAAUAUAACAGAUUUACUUGAAGACACCCCCCGGCAGUGCCGCAUCUGCGGCGGGCUGGCCAUGUUCGAGUGCCGGGAGUGCUACGAGGACUGCGACAUCGCCGCGGGCAGCAUCAAGCAGUUCUGUGAGACCUGCAACACGCAGGUCCACCUGCACCCCAAGAGGCUGAACCAUCAGUACAACCCGGUGUCGCUCCCCAAAGACCUGCCCGACUGGGACUGGCGGCACGGCUGCAUCCCCUGCCAGAAGAUGGAGCUCUUCGCCGUGCUGUGCAUCGAGACGAGCCACUACGUGGCCUUCGUGAAGUACGGCAAGGACGACUCCGCCUGGCUCUUCUUCGACAGCAUGGCCGACCGGGACGGUGGUCAGAACGGCUUCAACAUCCCCCAGGUGACCCCGUGCCCGGAAGUCCGCGAGUACCUGAAGAUGUCUCCGGAAGACCUGCACUCCCUGGACUCGAGGCGGAUCCAGGGCUGCGCGCGCAGGCUGCUCUGCGACGCGUACAUGUGCAUGUACCAGAGCCCCACCAUGAGCCUGUACAAGUAGGGGCGGGGGCGGGGGCGGGGCCGGCGCCGCGCGGGGCGGGGCCCGCGGCCUGGCCCCGCGUCCAUGGCCGGCGGUGGACGGCUCGGCGGGGGCGGCCCCUCCGACGGGAACGCCUGUGUUGAAAGCAGACUGCUUUGUGUUACUGAAGUAUUUAAUAAGAAGCAUUUUGCACUCUAGAAGUAUGUCUAUGUUGGUUUUCUAAGAAGUCCAAAUGAAGUUAUUGAUACCAGGAGCUUU